AUGAAUCAAAAAAUUACAUUUGCUACUAUCUUGAUUGCGUUUUCCGUAUUCUUUAUCUGCUUUACAAAUGCUUCUCCAAUUGAAUUGUCACCUCGUAAAUCUCCGCUCGUAGUCUGUGAAUACUCUCAAAGCCAAUACAGAGUUUAUGGUAAUAUUUGGGUUACUCCAAAUAACGAAAACUGUAAAGUACACGUAAAUUUUGCUGGCGGAAGGUCCAGUUGCCAUUAUGUACUUUAUAUUGAUGGCUGUGAAAGUGAACCAAUUUCAUUUAAGCCAGACGGGUGUGCAGAAUAUACUUACAGGCUCGAAGGUAGAAGUCCAGCAGAAUUAGAAGGGAAAACUUGUACUCUCUAUGAAAACGGUACACCUUGUGCCACGGGUUGUUUUGAAAGUAAAUAA